AUGCUGCUCAUCGAAAUGAAAUGGAAGAAGCAGCCGGACGGUUCGAUGGUUCAAAAGUCCGGACGCGUCCCGACAAAUCUGGACGGAUGGUCGCCGCGACAUCAGUACAAAUGGAGUGGCGUGUGCCCUUUAAUGAAAACGAUGUCCGGACGUCACAGUCGCGACGUGUACGGAUCGCGUCGGGCGGAGAUACCCCAGCCCCUGAUUUUUCACAAGUUACCGGCUAAUCCGGCGAGGGCGUGUUCACCACCGUGGGUCCGACUAAUUGUUUCGUGGCACGUCUUUAUCGGGCCGACGCGGGCGGCGGAUGCACGCCGAUUUAGCCCUAAGGCGGACCGCAUACGGGCUGCAUUGGAGUGCGCGGAACUCCAAGAUACAGCGCCCGUUUGGCACUUCAUAGCGAAUUCAGCUGACCGUGUCGCGGUAAUUAAAUCAUCUGUUGAGAGAUAUAAGAUUAUCAACGUGGCGUCGGCCCCGGACUUAAUAGCCAGUGAAGUCAAAGCUGCACUCGUGGCAUCACGCCGCACGUCCAUCCCGUGUCCCGCCCGCUACUUGUUGCGUCACGUCAGCGUGACAAGUCCUCCGCGGAGCGUGCCGUCCUUGCCGCUCGCUCAAUGGCGCCGCGUCGCUUGCGGACGCCGUGUUAGAUGUCACGCGGCGUGC